AUGACGUCUUUAGAUUUACGCACCGCCACGCUCGAGCAGCUCAAAGUCGCCGACGAACAGCUCCGCGAGGAAGUCACGUCGUACUCGGAAUCUUUGCAGAUGUUGAGCAAAGCGGUGAGUCGAUACCACUCCUCGGGAUCGGCGAUCGAAGAGCUGUCGAAAGAAACUGUGGGUAAGGACAUGCUCGUCCCACUCACGGAGUCGUUGUACGUGCCGGGUAAGAUUGCGGCGGUCGAUAAAGUCUUGCUCGACGUCGGCACGGGGUACUUCAUCGAGCACGACACCGAGAAAGGGAUCGAUUACUGUAAGCGCAAGGUGAACUUUAUUCGAGAUAACAUGGAAAAGUUGAUGGAGCUCGUGG